CCGAAAACAACACAUGUUCCAAGGUAAUGUACACCGACGACUUCAGCUGUAAUUUCAUGUAGCAGAUAUUUUAAGAAAAACAGAACAUGUUUUCAUUGUCAGGGAUACUGGCCUAUGUAGCUGGAAGGGGGAGAAUCCCCUCAGGUCUUCCUCCAUUGAAGAGACACAUGGCUGAUCAUCUCGUGAACAGUGCCAUAAUGCUGGACAUGGUGAAAGCAAUCAUUCCACCAUUAACCUUUGACCUUCAUAAAGGUCAGGCAGGUCGCAUCGCAGUGGUGGGAGGAUGUCAAGAGUACACUGGGGCUCCAUAUUUUGCAGCAAUCUCAGCUUUGAAACUGGGAGCAGACCUGUCUCAUGUGUUCUGUACCAGAGAUGCUGCCACAGUUAUCAAGUCUUACAGCCCUGAGCUCAUUGUACACCCUAUUCUUGACCACCCCUCUGCUGUGACAGAAGUCAAUCAGUGGUUGCCAAGGUUUCAGAGCAUGGUGAUUGGUCCAGGGUUGGGGAGGACCACCCCUAUCCUGGAGACAGUUAAGGGUGUGAUAGAAAAAGCCAAGGAACUUGAAAUACCACUUGUUAUAGAUGCUGAUGGAUUAUUUCUGGUCACCCAGGACCCAGAUGUGAUAAAGAGUUACACAAAGACCAUACUAACACCCAACAUUGUGGAAUUUGAAAGACUUUUUCAAAAAAUGAUGGGCCACAAACCUGACCCAUUAGAGGCAGUUGAGAAUGUCACCCAGCUGUCCAAGGCACUUGGGAAUGUCACCAUAGUACAGAAGGGAGACCAUGAUGUCAUCUCAGAUGGGAAUAAAGGGUACAGAUUGUAUGCCUUCAAUCAGCUCAUCAGUGACAGAAUAGGAUUCCACCGACAAAUUCCUGACACCAGGCAUCAACU